AUGGUCGACUUCAUCGCCGAAAUGACGCCAGGAAACCCCACCCCCGAAACUUGGAAACUACACGUAGACGGUUCAUCCAACACCACCUCCAGCGGAGCCGGAGUCAUACUCGAAAGCCAAAACGGGAUCAUAAUCGAACAAUCCGUUCGAUAUGAGUUCCCAGUUUCCAACAACCAAGCAGAAUACGAGACUCUUUUGGCCGGUUUAAUUCUAGCAAAAGAAGUCGGGGCAAAAAUUUUAGAGGUAUGCAGCGACUCACAGGUAGUCAGUUCCCAAGUCAACGGGGACUACCAAACACGAGACCCCUUACUCCAACAAUACCUCACCAAGGUAAACAAACUGAAGGAAGAUUUUGAUCAGGUAACCAUUCAACAUGUCUCCCGAGAACGAAAUGCAAGGACAUACCUGCUCUCAAAAUUGGCUAGCACCAAACCAGGACACGGUAACCGAUUGUUAAUUCAAGAGAUCGUCAGAACACCAUCUCUAUCAAACACCACCGACAACAGCCUACCGAUCUCCGACCGAGAGUCAUGGACCACUCCCAUCCUACAAUACCUCCUCAACGGAGUACUACCCAAAGACCCUAAAGAGGCAAACCGGGUAAAAAGGGAAGUCGUCAACUACACCAUCAUAACAGGACAACUAUACAAACGGGGAUUCUCGCAGCCCCUACUCAAAUGCAUCGAAACCGGAGACACGGAAUACAUACUUCACGAAAUCCAUGAGGGUUGCUGCAGCCAUCACAUCGGAGGCAGAACUUUGGCCCAGAAGAUCAUCCGAGCCGGUUACUUCUGGCCCUCAAUCAUCAGGGACUCCAUACAAACAGUCAGGAACUGUGACAAAUGCCAAAAGCACUCCAACUAUCAUAAAGCCACCCCACACCAGCUCAACAUAAUCACAGCAGAUCGGCCGUUCGGAACUUGGGCCAUUGAUCUUGUCGGCCCCUUCCCGACAGCCCCCGGGCAGCUCCGAUACAUCAUUGUUGCAAUUAAUUACUACACCAAGUGGAUCGAAGUCGAACCCCUGGCCUCCAUCACGGCUAUCCAGUGCCGUAAAUUCCUCUGGAAACACAUCAUCACCCGAUUCGGCAUCCCGGAAGUAGUAAUCUCGGACAACGGAACACAAUUCACCGACAAGAAGUUCAGGAAAUUCUUGGAAGGACUACACAUAUCCCAACGCUUCAGCUCGGUAGAACACCCCCCAGACGAACGGGCAAGUCGAAUCGGCAAACAAAACAAUAGUCAAAGGACUUAA